AACACAUAACAACAACAAAGAACCAAAUAAAAGAAAAAAAUUCUAUAAGUAAUCUUUAUUUUGCUAAAGAAAACAUAGAAAUCUGUUUGCAAAGAAGAAGAUAUGGGAAACAGUUUACGGUGUUGUUUGGCUUGUGUACUUCCAUGUGGAGCUUUAGAUUUGAUCCGUAUCGUACAUCUCAACGGCCACGUCGACGAGAUCACUAGUCCAAUGACCGCCGGCGAGAUUCUUCAGGCGAAUCCUAACCAUGUCUUAAGCAAACCUUGUUCUCAAGGAGUUGUGCGUAAGAUCUUGAUCUUGUCUCCUGAAUCUGAGCUUAAGCGUGGAAGCAUCUAUUUUCUUAUCCCGGAUACUUCUAUGCCGGAGAAGAAGAAAACAAAGAAGAGAAAAGAGCUCCGAUGCCGGAAAAAGCCUCUUGAAAGCGGCAACGAUAUUAAUAGUGAUCAUGUGAGUACUAAUAAGGAUCUUGAUGGUCAUUGUUUGACGUUGUGUGAGAAAUAUUUGGAAGAUGUUAUGUUGUCGGAGAAGAUGAGUUCGGCCGGUAAAGAGAAUCGUCACCGUCGGAAACAUAGCCGGUCGGCGUCAGUGUCCACGUGGCGGCCUCACCUUGAUAGCAUCACUGAGGAUCUUAAUUAAAUUAGUACUUCUUCUUUUUUUCACACCUUGUUAAUUAUGUCUCUAUUUUCUUAAAUUCUUUUUUUUUUUUUUUUUUUUUUUUUUUUUUUUUUUUGGAUCCGGAAUCGGAUUUUUAUUUAACAUGCCCGGUGAGAAAAUUUCAAAUAUUUUAUUUAUUAUGAAGUUAAAACCAAAACUAUGUACUGUUCUCAUGUGGAUAAGAUCUAUGUUAAAUUGAUGUUCUAAUUUCAGUCCGUGGCAGUGAGGACAAGAUUCUAAGUUAAGAUCAUAUGACCAUUAUCUAGAAUUAAAACUUUGUACUCAUAUGUAAACUGGAUCUUGUAGUACAAUUAGAAUUCCAAAAUGCAAAAGAAAAAUUAAUGUAACUAAACCAAAGUAUAUGAAAAUGGUAAAAUCAUAUGAUGAUGGUAACAAAUUACUAACUCAAUAUUUGUUUAAGAAACAUCUGGGUCGAGAUCAAGUGAAUAAUAGCUAGAGGUCAAG